AUGUCGUCUUCAUCGCCAACUGGUGGAGAGAGGCUGCAUUACGAAAGAACGCGGAGCCAGCCGGAGAACCCCUUCGCCACUCUCAUUCCGGACCAGCAGAUAGCGAUCAUACCAUCCUUCACCUUGGAGUCUGGCGUGACGCUUCGCAAUGUGCCCGUGGCGUACACAACCAGGGGCCAGCUGAAUGCGGCCGGCGACAAUGCCAUGGUCAUAUGCCAUGCCCUGACAGGAAGCGCUGACGUUGCCGACUGGUGGGGUCCGCUGUUGGGCGGCCCUGGUCGUGCCUUCGACACCUCGAGGUUCUUCAUCGUUUGUAUGAACAGUCUGGGGAGCCCAUACGGCACGGCCAGCCCGGUUACCGCCAAGGAUGGUGACGCGAGCCUGGGGCAAUACGGCCCCGAAUUUCCCCUUACUACUAUUCGCGAUGACGUAAACUUGCACAAGAUGCUACUGGACGACCUUGGUAUCAAGCAAGUGGCCGCGGUCAUCGGUGGCUCUCUGGGAGGCAUGUUCGUUCUAGAGUGGGCUUACUUUGGAAAAGACUAUGUUCGCUGCAUCGUCCCAAUAGCCACUUCUAGCCGCCACAGUGCUUGGGGGAUCAGCUGGGGCGAGGCACAACGGCAGAGCAUUUACGCGGAUCCCAAGUACAAUGACGGAUACUACUCCUUCUCGGAUCCUCCCUCUACCGGACUCGGAGCCGCUCGUAUGUCGGCACUGCUGACCUACCGAAGCCGGAACUCCUUCGAGGCCCGUUUCGGUCGGAACAUACCUGAUCCGUCACGGCGCCAGACAAUAAGAGAACGCCCCCGGCCCAGCACGCCAUCCGAGGCCCACUUCCAUAUUCAUAACGACGGCCACAACAUCUCCCGGGACGGCCUAUCCCGACACAAUAGCAAUGGACAGGGGAACAAAAUAGCGAAUACCGAUAAGAACCCUACCGUUAACGCUGCCGCGACGCAAGCGGCUGCCGAGGACCGAUCAAUGGAUCCCCAGUUCCACGGCCCUGAGAAAAAGGAAAGUCUCACCGGCGGAGAUGCUGUGCCGACCUCAACCUACUUUUCCGCGCAAUCCUACCUACGAUACCAGGGCGAGAAGUUUGUCAAGCGUUUUGAUAGCAACUGCUACAUCGCUAUGACUCGAAAGCUCGACACGCACGACGUUUCGCGUAGCCGUGCCCCGUCGAUUGCAGAUGCGCUGGCCAUGAUUGAGCAGCCCACGUUGGUUCUGGGGAUUGAAAGCGACGGACUCUUCACCUUUGCAGAGCAAGAGGAGAUAGCUGAGCACGUACCCAACGCGCGACUGGAGAAGAUUGACAGCCCGGAGGGGCAUGACGCCUUUUUGCUGCAAUUCGAACAGGUCAAUCGCUACACCCUCGAGUUCUUGCGGGAAGUGCUUCCAGACAUCAUGGAGAAGGAUGGCGAUGGUAGCUCGCAGACAGUGGAGAGUUCUGUGGGACAGCUAACCAAGUCCAGCACCUUUGGUGAGGCCGAGGUCGAUGAUAUUACGGCAUGGUAG